GCACCAUAAGGAGCUUAUCGAAAAGGGGGUAACAAGAUUGUUUCUUCGAGCGUUUCGCGAUGAGUAAUACUUUGCUGACUUAACCGUGCGCUUUAUAAUGACCCGCCGAGGGUGAAAUAAAUCAUUAAGCCAUUUUGCUCAGCUCUCGUCGGUGGAAGCACACGCUGUUCUCAUUAACUCCCCGCACAUUUGAGGCGACAGGGACCUUUUCAGAAAUAUUGUCAAGCGUCAGGAAACUAUCUCAGAGACAUUUUCUUCACAUUGUGUAUAGUUUGUACAGAAUUCGAUUUGGAGCGGUUUCGUUUGUGUUCCGGAGAAGAUAACAAGUGCUGGAUUUUAUCUUAAGAGUUUUGGGAGGACUUGUACAUGAUUCGCUCUCUAGAAAAACGAUCAUUUUACCGAUGAGAAUAAAUUUGAAGCAGGACAAUUACUGUUGAAGCUGGAAGUGUUGAAGUGUGCACUUUAUUCCUGAAUCAAAGAGUUUUAUUUCUGUGUUUCCUCCUGGAUUUACUGGAGAAAACUUAGACUAUUUCAACCGGGAGGCGGGAUUUCAAUAUUGUGCUAAUUUUGACGAACUUGGAAAAUACUUUGAGGAACCAACCAUGAUUACCAAACUCGCUGCUCAUGCAGCGCUUUACAUCACGGCGCUUUAUUUCUCACUCUACGCUGUAACAAGUGGGAAUGCUCAGUGUGUCGAGAAUGGAAUAAGUACAAAUAUUAGCAGCGAGCUAGUUAUAACAGGAGGGAGUGUGUCCCUUUCCUGCUAUGUGUCGGGUGCUAAUGGACAAACGAUAUCGUGGGUGAGCCCCGCUGACGAUCUCCUCUCCGUUGACGCCGCCAUUUCAGCGAGCGCCGUGUCGAGGUUUACGAUCAGCGCCAAUAAUGCGAACCCGGACUGCGGGGUCUAUAACCUGACCAUCACGAACUUGACCAUGGCCGAUGCGGGAACGUACUCCUGCCGACCGACGACGGGUAUGAACCCGAUAUCGACCGAGAUCGUUUCUUUCGGAUACGAGCCGGCGUCGACCUAUCCGGAGUGUCGGGUGACGGGAGGUAGUACCCUUGUGAUGGCUGGAGACAUGCUCGAGUUCAUCUGCGAGACAGAGCCUGGUUUUCCCGUAUGGGAUCUCGCCUGGGAAAGCUCACAGUACGGCACGAUCACGCCGGCGCCCACCACUUCCAACACGACCAACAGCGAACUGAAAAGUAUCAUGUCGUCUCUCAACGCCACCACCGAUGAGAAUGGAAAGAUAAUGACCUGUAUCGCUAGCUGCCCUGAUCCCGAGUGCUUAGAUAAGGUUGAGCGGAACUGCAGCCUCGGGCAAAUCGUCGUCGUCGACAAUCCCGUCGACGAGUAUUUCUUCGUUACCAACCCUUUGGUGUCGGUGACGAAGGGUGCAAAUGCUAGCAUCGAAUGCCAAACUACGCUACCCGGGACGGAGCUGCAGUGGUUUCUUCAUGAAACUGUGACAGAGAACUACGUCACUGAGACGACACCUACCGGGCAAUCGGCGACCAUCUACAUCACGGACGUUUCGAACAGAACCGUCGAAAACCCAUUCAUCUGUUCCCUAAGUAUUAAUGGAGCUAUCAUCUCAACGAGAAAAGCGUUGCUAACAUUCGAUCCCCCGCCGACCACGGACAUGCCGACUACGGUGAUGCAAACAACGAUGUCGACCAUGGGAGGGCCGACGGCGGCUUUAAAUGCGACAGAAUUUGCUCCAAUGAACGUAACAGCUACGCCUAGCAUGUUGGUGAAUACGACACUGAAUGCGACAAGCCAGCAAGGUAACAUGACAACGACUCCACCUUCAACCAAUGUGACGGCUACUCAAGCUGUUGGUAAUACGACGUUCGGAACGACUGCCGGUCCGACAAUGAAUGCUACGGCAGCAGCAAACACUACUCAACAAUUCACCACACAAGCGCCUUUGUUGCGGACGAACACAACCAGUCUGAACACAACUCAACAGCCACAGAAUACGACGCUGCCAUCCACAACGAUGCAGGAAGGCGCUAAUACGACGGCCGGAUCAGACAACACUACAGGAACCAUGCAGCCCGUUAACCCCACCAUCGUUCAACGCACUGUGUCAACGGUCCAAUGGUGGAAUCCACUGACAACUCUCUUCCCGCAACAAACCAUGUUCCCUCAACAACCUACGAAUGUGCAACCACGAGAUCCGUCAACAGCCGCGUCAACAGCCGCGUCAACAGCCGCGUCAACAGGCGCUCCGACAACGCCAGUUGCGUCAGGUCCGACUAGCGCCAUCGCCGCAUUCUUCACACUCCCAGUUAUCAUGGGAAUCGCCGCGGUCGGUGGUCUCCUCCUCAUCUUCAUCGUCGCGGCUAUCGUCUGCGUCCUGACGUCGAGGAAUCGACGCGGCGGUGGGCACGACGUCGAGGAACUAACCGAACUAUCCAAGCGAACCUCCAAACCGAUCCGACUUGAUCCGUUUGAGGUUCCCGCCAACAGGACAACCGCAUCCGAUCCGACUUUCGCUGCUUUCGGGAAGGGAACGUCAACGCAAGACCUUAUCAACAUUGGAGAUGAAAAUCCGUCUAAUGCGCAACAGAAUGGUAGCAACAACGUUGGGAGAGGUAACAAGAACAACGGAAACGCCGACACAAGGCCACUCACUGCCAAUGAUAUGCUCAGUAAUGGUCUCGAUAACCACGGAAUGUCCGAUUCAAUUCUCUAAUCGAACAAUGGCAAUAUUUCAAUUAAUUGUACUCUGCCUUAUUUCAAAAGAUGAAGAAUGUUAUCUGCUUCUUUUAGAAGAAAUGAGCUUCCAGUUCGAGACGUAUUAGUUUCCUGUGCACAGGGUGUUGCCCUGUGGUCUAAUUGUUUAUACCCCAGUCACAUUGACGAGACCGAUAUAGGAUCGAUAACAGAACGAACCAAAAUGCAUUACAUCAGCUCGCCAAUAAUAUCGAUCUAUUUGGAGUUAGUGUGGAGUAGGUUUUGCGCUGUGACUGAGUUGAUAUAUCCCAGUCACACUGCGAAGUCGACUCCUCACCUAAUCCAAACCGAUUCAUUCUUGGCCUUUCGGAGUAUUGAAGAAAACAAAAUCUGUCACUUGUCGUUCUGGUGUCGGUCCAGUUGGUAUGACUGGGGCAUUGAUUUAUCAUGCAACACAAUAUCAUUUAGUAUCAGUCGUAUGAUAUGACGAGUUUUGAAAAAAAUCAAGCCUUUCUUUAGAAAUAUCACCCAAUACAUUUGUGAGCAUUAUCAGAUCUUCCAUUUUCCUUUAAACUCUCACAGUAAUAAAUCAAUAUCUUUUAUUAUCAUCCGCUCAUCAUUAUCUAUACAGGGUAACCGAAUGCAGUAGAGAGUAUUGUAUACAAAAUGUAUUUUUUAUCAAAUUUCUAAGCUGCUCUUUUUAUAGUUAAUCAUUGAUUAGUUAGUCUAUAGAAGGUGUUUUGACAAAUUGUUCCUUUAAUUAACAAACGUUACACGUGGACAUGAUCAAUUUGUAUACAUCGUUGAUUAACGUUGUAAGUUAAUCAUCGUGAUUUUGAUGACUGAUAUCUCAUCACUGUAUAGUCAGAGAAGAAUUUGAUCAAAGAUGAGAUACUAGAUAGGUAAUUUGCAGUUGCGUAUCUAUAGCAUUGCUUCGAAUUCAUACCUUGCUCUAUAUCAUAUCGAAAAUCUAUUACUCUUGGCCUAUUUGAUACAAGGCGUUAACACAAAAGAACUGAUUCUAAUUGCCUAAGGAAUGGUACACAAAAUACGAUGUUUUUUGACAGACGAAUACAAGAAAGGUAUAGCUGUACCUCUUAAUUUUUGCUCCUUAAUGGGAGGAAACAGUUCCCUCAUUAAUGAUGGAUGUAAUAAGUCAUCUUAUUUUUCAUAACACAGCAAAGAACUUUCUUUUUAGGGGCAAGAUAUUACAUCCUCAAACAAUGACUCUUUUACUGCCAAAUGACGGGGAGGAAAUAGGCUUGAAUGGUUUCUUGGCAUGUUCGUCAUUGUGAUAAUGGAUCAGAACAUAUAUUGGAUUCCUUUAAAUCUCGAGGUUAGUUGCAAAACAUUAACUCAAUUUUGGAAGAAAAAACUCUUAUUGAUAGGUAUAUGCAAAACAGAUAGAUAAUCCUAUGUCCUGAUAUCAUGCAUUAAUGCCUUUGUCAUUGAUUGGUGAAAAGCAACAAUAUUUUUAACUUUUCAAGCAAAAGCUUUUUUCUUCCGAUGAGGCAUUUUCGCGACAUUUCAACGGGUGUCUCACCUGUUUCAUAACAGAAAUAUACUUGGAAAAAAAAGAGUCACGUUGUUAAAUCUUUUGCCUCCCCCUUCCUCUUACCCUUCAUCGUACCAACAGACAACUAUGUUUAUAAUCUUAAAUCGUAUCGUCAUCAUGACUUGACAUAGCACAAGGGGCCCGGAGGUAUAUUGCAUAACAUUUGCUAAAAUUCGUCAUGAGAUGGUCGCUAACUUCCUUCUGUUUUAGUUGCUAAAAAUGACUUAUGUGGUUUGGUUUGAGUGUUGUCUAACAGCUGUCACGUUCACCUUUCCACCUCUCCCCCAACUUCCCCUGUCUCUUUCUCUAUUUAUUUCUCUCCCUCUCUCUCUCUCUCUCUCUCUCUCUCUCUCUUUCUCUCGACCCCAUGAUUUCGACGGAUGACACACGCACACACAUACACGUUGUCAUAUUUUUGUGGGGAAAUUAAUCAAUUGGGUGUUUGUGUGAAUAUGUCAGUGUGUAACAUUCUUCUUUCAAACUCUUUUUUUUUCUUUUUUUCUUGCUCACACAAUAUUUAAAGGCUACCUUAUUUUUUGCCCAGGGUGGUUUCCCGACAAAGCAGUAGCCUGGAUGUAUCCAGGUCCCUAAACAAAAGAUGAUAUAGAUGAAACAUGAACAGCGAAUGAUGACAGAAUUAACCCCACAAAAUACAAACAGUUGAGCAGGCUUGACUUAUGUUUGACUCCUGAACUUUUGUAUUCUGACCAAAAAAAAGUUUUGUUAUUCAUACAUGUUUUCUACAUGUUCUUUGUGUGUGGGUAGUUAUUUCUGACUUUAGUCUAUUAGGAACAUUUAUAUGGUGACUUCAUCCAUUUGUUUAUUGUAAAUUUGAUAUAUUCAGAAGAUCAUAUUGUAAAUCUCAUCCUUACGCAAAAAAAUGAUCAAUAACAGACAUUUUACAUGUUAGUUAUCUAGGUCCUAUUUCAACAAAUUGUUCGCUUAAUUUCAUAACUUUUGCUUGAUGAUUAUUACAUCGACGACAUUGUCGUCAUCAUUGUUCGCUGAAUCACAUUUUGAUUAGAUGUUAUCAUUUGAGGGCAAUUUACAUUCGUUUUAUUUAUAUUUUAAUUCAAUUAAAUCAUUAGGUAUUUACCUAUCACUCACCAUGAUCAUCACCGAUAUACUGAUCAAUUUGAUAGAUUAUCGUGAUAAUUAUUAUUAUGACAUCACAAUACCAUCUUGUCCGUCAACGGUGCCACGAUGUUUCAUCUUCGUUUUACAUCCAACAACUCAUGCUUUCCUUUCCUAAAAUUCAUCAUUAUACAUAUACUCGCAUUUCAUUACUUUAAUAUGUUCAAUCCAUGAUUUUAAAUGUGUCUUUUUUAUUGAUAUUGUCGUUGAAGAUGAAUUCUUAAUUUGUAAUGGAUAAUGUAUGUUAUGAUAACGAUAAUGGCAUUGUAUAGCGCUCUUACGGUUGUUAUAUACCAAAACGCUUUGUUUUUAAUGUUCUAUCAUUUGCACAAUGAAAGAUACGUUAAGAAUUUGUUUAAUGUAUCUUUCAUGAUAACUGAAUGCGAUGUCGACAUUGCGUUCAGUAAUUAUGACUUUAUAUCGCAUGAGUUUGUAAAUAGCUUAAUCUAAAUUUAUCUUGCUAUACAAGCGUUGUAAAUAAGCAAAUUGUACUGUAUUUCGCAAAUUAUGAAUCGAGAUUUUGAUGUAAUAUUUUUCAUUGAUUAAAAUGUUGAUAUCGAUGUAUAAA